AUGGCUACGCCGGCCCAGCAGGUUGAGGCUGCAAAGUCGGCGACAGGGUUGGCAAUCGAUGGCACGCGAGCUCUCUUCGGCGGCACGAGACAACAAGGGCUCCGCGCGGGCACGAGCAGGUUCUUGCAGCAAGGCUGGUUCGUAGGGUGGAAGGCGGUCAUGACCAUCUACUGCAUCGUGUGGGCCGCUUGGUGGGACAGAGGAGAAGACCUCGAUAUUCGGAUAUAUCUCGCGACUUGGACACAUAUGCUCGCGACAGCUUAUUUCGUUAUAUCAUUGAUAUCGUCGUUGCUGUGCAUGGCGUACCUUUCCCGAGAAAAACCGGCACCGGUGGAGGAAGGGAAGCCGAAAAGACCACCUCCUGUGAAGGGCACCAGAUCGCCGGUGCCCUGCUACUUCCGUUGGCUUCAGCAUAUCAGCUGGGUGCUGACUUGCAUCAGCUCGAUGGUGGUCCUGUCGGUCUUCUGGAUGACAAUCUACGAGAGCGACGUGCCGGUAACCAGCGUCUACGUUAGCUCCACCAUCCUGGCGCUCUUGAUGCUGCUGGAUCAGUUUCUGAUAGCGACGGAGAUGAAGUUCAAGUACGCCUGGCUUGGCCUCUACUUCUUCGUGGUGUACAUCUUCUACAACGUGAUCUACUACUACGAGCACAACGUGGAGGACAGGGUGACGUUCGAGGUGUUCGAUUGGGAUGAGAGGCCGGGCAGGGCCUGCCUUUGGGUGUUCCUGAUCCUCGCUUUCGGUGUGCCGGGCUUCACGGCCCUUCACGUCUUCGUGUACAGACUUCGCGAGAGAAUGUACACCUCCUACAAGCACAACCUAGAGGUAAUCGAGGAAGAGGAGCCGGCGCCGAAGACUGAGAAGGAGGAGAAGAAGGAAGCGAAGGAGAAGGAAAAGGAGGAGAAGAAGGAAGCGAAGGAGAAAGAGAAGGAGAAAAAGAAGGAAAAGAAGGAGAAGAAGGAUCCGCCGCCGGCAGUGGUAGAUGCACCACCGCUGCUGGCGCCUGCAGCUCUUGGGGCGGGGGCGGCGGGGGCGGCGGCGCUAGCGGACGGCGCCGCCACCCCAGACCAAGGAGGGGCCUGUGGAUUUGGGGGGGGAUGAGCGGGCGGCGAGGCAUGAAAAAACAUAAUCAAUAACAAUCUCUCGGGAAAGGGAGCAUGGCAGGCAGCACGCUUGCCAAUGGUGAUGUGGCGCUUGUCAUGUGUAUGCCCACACGACGGAGUGGGCGCACGGGGGGGACUGAGAGCGCGGGGAGGUUCUGGAUAGGGAGGGAGACCACACAAGCUAGUUCGCUGAACGAACGUGUUGAUUGUUUCCUAUAGAUGUGAUUUGCAAGGUGAGUGCUCUGACUCCUCGCUGCCCCAGCGUCUGGUAGGAUGGACGGUGCCAAAUUGGAAUCGGUUAGCUUACGGUGAUCGUACGGCUCUGGAUUUUUUUUGUUCGCGUGCAGUGCAAUUUUUUUUUGUUCACGUGCAGUGGGAGUUUUUCGUACUUUCCGUGAGACAAGCGUGUUCGGCAGGGGGAUACUGAAGGUGUGUGGUGUGUGGGACGGCACGUGAACUUGGUUGUUUACGUCGAGAUGGGAUGAGUACCGUAGGCCCCGGUGGGGGUGGGAAGCGUUGGGAGGGCGCUGUCAAUGUUUUCUGCCUUCCCCGGUGAUGGAAACCCCAAUCGGUCGUAAGCGUGUUGCGUGCUACUGCUGUUGCAGCGCGUAUCAACCAUGUAGCUGUAGAGUUAUGGACACCAGGACGAGCGACGUGUUGUUUACUCCCCCUUACUGUGUCUUGACGUUCCAACAAACCUUUCGCGUAUCUCAGGCAACCGUAGUAGUGUAGCUGCUGCUGCUAUGUUGGAGCCUUCCAGGUUGUUUCGGGGAAAGACGUGCUUUCAGGCGGCCGAGAAAAUGUUAUCGUCAGGAAGGUGUGGAGGGGGGGGGGGUGAGCUUCGCGUUCAUUUUCGUUUAUAGAGCGUGCCAGUUGUGCCACAGGCUGGGUUGGCCGGCGUCCAAUGUGCGUGCGUGCGUCAACGUGUGUUUUCAUUUUUUCGUAAGUGUGGAGGUACUCUGCGUGUUUCGUGGAUAUCGACCACGAUGGCUGCCUCGGUGGGGCAAGGCAGCGCAGCUAAUAGAUGCCGAGUUUGGUAGGUCGGCAAGUGUGGUGGCAGCAGUUGUGGCGUGUCCUUGUCCCCAGGUGUUGCCGGUGUGCGUCGCGUACAACCCCUCUGCCGCCUGGCAACGUGUGUACUUCAUGUUUUGAGUGUUGGGUGCGUGUGUGCCGUUUUUUGGGGGGCCUAUAUUCCGGCGCUACAGCAGUGUGUGUGUUUUUGUGUAUUGGAUGGCGUUUUACGGAGGGUGCGGUGUGCUGUGGUCGGUCAUAUCCGUGGGUGACAUGUUUGGCUGCCGCCAACUUGCGGAGCGAAGCGGAGAGCGCCACCACUUGUUAGUCGAGGAACGAACGUGCGAGGUAGCAGGGCUACUGGGACUGUUAAUAUUCCGCUGGGCUCUCGUCUCAGAUAUUUUGUUGGUGAUUUUUUUAACGUACAUAGUGUU